AAAAGUAACGGACGAACUCAUCGUCGAAAAGGAAAGGUGAAGGAUUUUGUCAGCCGAGAUUGAGGAGGGGCUGCGGGCAGUUAUUUGCAAAGAUUUGAUUUCUGAAGACUGCGAGCGUGCAAUGAAGCUGCUCAAACCAAGUUGGAUCAGUCACAAUGGUAAACCAAUAUUUUCUGUCGAUAUCCAUCCAGAUGGCACCAAAUUUGCCACAGGCGGACAAGGUGAGGAUUCGGGGAAGGUCGUUAUCUGGAACAUGGCUCCAGUCGUCCGAGAGGAGGAUGAGAAAAACGAGAACAUUCCCAAGAUGCUUUGCCAGAUGGACAAUCAUUUAGCAUGCGUGAACUGUGUUCGCUGGUCUAAUAAUGGCCUGUAUUUGGCCUCUGGAGGAGAUGACAAACUAAUCAUGGUGUGGAAGCGAGCGACAUUCAUUGGACCCACUACCGUGUUUGGGUCAAGCAGCAAACUUGCCAACAUGGAGCAGUGGAGAUGUGUGUCUAUUCUUAGAAACCACACCGGGGACGUAAUGGAUGUUGCCUGGUCACCUCAUGACAUUUGGCUGGCUUCCUGUAGUGUCGACAACACCAUCGUGAUUUGGAACGCUCGCAAAUUCCCCGAGAUCGUCAUGACGCUGAAGGGUCACACGGGCUUGGUGAAAGGCCUGACGUGGGACCCCGUGGGGAAAUACAUCGCCUCCCAGGCUGACGAUCACAGCCUGAAGGUGUGGAGGACCAUGGACUGGCAGCUGGAGACCAACAUCACCAAACCCUUUAAUGAGUGCGGAGGGACGACUCACGUGUUGCGUUUGAGCUGGUCACCGGACGGUCAGUACCUGGUGUCUGCUCACGCCAUGAAUAACUCAGGACCAACCGCUCAGAUCAUCGAGAGGGACGGCUGGAAAACCAACAUGGACUUCGUGGGCCAUCGUAAAGCUGUCACAGUUGUGAAAUUCAACCCUAAAAUCUUUAAGAAGAAACAGAAAAACGGCAGUGCGCCGAAGGCCAGCCACCCGUACUGCUGCUGCGCUGUGGGAAGUAAAGAUCGUUCGCUGUCUGUGUGGCUCACAUCCCUGAAGCGUCCUCUGGUUGUCAUCCACGAUCUGUUUGACAAAUCCAUUAUGGACAUCACCUGGACUCUAAAUGGACUGGGUUUACUCAUCUGCUCCAUGGACGGAACCGUGGCGUUCCUCGAUUUUUCCCAGGAUGAACUGGGAGACCCUCUCAGCGAAGAGGAAAAGAACGCCAUCCAUCAGAACAUUUAUGGGAAGUCUCUGGCCAUUACCAUGGACACACAGCUGUCCAGCACCAUCAUCGAGAACCCAGAGAUGCUCAAGUACCAGCAGCAAGAGCGGAAAGGCCCGGAAAACUCAGCCGGCGCCGGUCUGGGCUCGAACCACGAGAACCAGACGCCUAAACUGGCAAACGUGAUGAAUGGAGAGUCACUGGAGGACAUCCGCAAGAAUCUGUUAAAGAAGCAGGUGGAGACACGCACCGCAGAUGGAAGGAGGAGGAUCACGCCUCUCUGUAUCGCACAGCUGGACACAGGGGAUUUUUCUCCGGCGUUAUUUAAUAGUGUUCCGAUUCUUCCGGGGUCAUCCGUGUCAUCCCAGCUCAACCCCCAGAUCUCCUCUGACUCCAAUACAGCCAACUCACUGGGCCUGAGGCCCAGCCAGGACCCCAGCACCAGCUCUCCCAGUAAAACCACAGAGGAGCCCAAAGACAGUGCCUCUCCAUCUGUUGGUGUGAAGUCCAGCCUCCUGUUGACAUCUGCCACUAAAAUCGAGCCAAUGAAAGCUCUUGACUCACGCUUCACUGAAAGGUCAAAAGCCACGUCAGGGGUCACAGUCUCCCCCUCCACCAUCCAAAUUGACAGACUGAAGGAUGGAGGCAAAGUGAGAGAAGACACAAGCAGUGACUCAGAGGAUAAGAUGGCCGUGAAGUCUCUCUCCGCGCCGAAGAGGAAAGCGGAGAUGGAGACAGCAGAGGUGGUGGAGAAACGAAAGAAGGGCAGGCCACGGAAAGACGCCAAAAUGAUGACGCCAGUCCGUCUCUCUCCUCUCCAGACGCCCGUGUCUACAGAAAAAGAGCCUUUGCGCGUUGUAACUCCAGGGGCAGUGCUGAAACUUCCCAUCCCCUCCAUACAGAAAUCAUUCACUGUACAGGUGAGUGCUGAGGCGUCUCUGUAUCUGGAGGUGGAGAACGAGAUGUCUGUGGUUAUGGGCUCUCGGCUCAGUCAGCUACGCUGCUGUCGAGACGGACGGGAGUGGGACACACUCCUAACCAGCCGCAUCGUCAUCGCAUCAGGGAGCAGUGACAUCAUCGCCGUGGCAUGCGAGGACCGCACGCUGUCCGUGUUCUCGGCCUGUGGUCGUCGUCUCAUCCCGUCAAUCAUGCUGGCCACGCCCGUGUCCAGCCUUCACUGCUCCGCCUUCUAUGUCAUGGUGCUGACCGGCGCCGCCUCCCUCUCUGUUUGGGACGUGCAGAAACAGGUUGCCCUGGUCAAAAACGAGACAUUAAACCCCAUUUUAUCAGGUACGGAUGCUACGGUGUCUCAGUCUCUGUUAACUCAGCAGGGAGUUCCAGUCAUCACUCUGUCUAACGGCAGAUCCUACUGCUUCAACUCCUCUCUGGAGACAUGGAAUCUGGUAGCAGAUAAGCAAGAUACUCUAGUGCAAUGCGCUGACUUUAGGAACUGCAUCUCUACCCAGGAUGCAAUGGGCUCCUCGGGCCCUCUAGCUGUCAUGCAAGGGCGUAAUUUGAGUGCGGGGCGGCUGGCGUCACGCCUGUCAUCCACGCCCCACCUGUUGCAGACUGGCAUGACUCUAGCGUUCCUGGAGUGUCAGCUGGCGUCCGCCCUGUCUCUGCUCUCCCCGUACGAGUACCGCCACUGGCUCCUCAUCUACGCCCGCUUCCUCGUCAACGAGGGUUAUGAGCAGAGGUUGAGAGAGCUGUGUAAAGACUUACUGGGACCAGUUCACAAGUCCAGCAGCAGCACCUGGGAGCCCAGUGUUCUGGGUUUGCGUAAGAGGGAUCUGUUGACUGAACUCUUGCCAGUGAUUGGUCAAAAUCUUCGUUUCCAGCGACUUUUCAGCGAAUACCAGGAUCAGCUGGAGCUUCUCAGAGUCAAAUAGCACUUUGCAACCGACCUUUUGACCUUUUGACCUUGACAGCUCCCUGUGAACUGUUCAUCAGCUAACUCUAAUUAAAGGGUGGAUCGGUGGCUCU